GGUGCACGCACUUUAUCUGCCUUACACUUGGCAUGCAAAAUAGGGAGUAAUUGUUUUAAUUACAUCCUAUGAAACGUCCGCUAAAUGUACGUAAUAAUUCACAUGCAGAAACAAAAGCUAAAAUAUGUUAGAUAUGUUUGCGUGUGCUGUAGCGAUCCAGCGGUCCUCUCCACCUUAUUAUAGAAUCUGAAAUUAAGCGGAUGGGAAGACAAUCUGAUAAUUUAAUUUUCUACAGAGAGAGAAGAAUGGGCGGAGAAGUGAGUUGACGCUAUAGGCGCGCUAGAAAAACUUUUGGGCCGUUGAAUUGAUCUUCCCUAGCAUAGCCUCUCUUCAAUAUAAUCGUAUUUAGUUCACCGCUCCUCAUAAAUCAAGAUAAUCCAACUUCAGAAAAGAUAGUAAGACCAAGUUGUUGUUCGUUGUUCCUUAGAAAAAGUAUCGGGUUGUGGGUCUUCCACCCUCAAGCUCACAUUUCGAACCCUCUACUAAGGAAUUUGCAGGGUUCCAUGAAGAUGGGAGAAAAGCUACGGAAGUAAAAAUAACACAAACCUGAGCAUAUGAGUUUCUUCCUGCCAAGAACUGUCCUCGUUCUGCGUAAAAGGAAAACCUCGACUUGUGCAGUGAGAUAUGGACUUGUCAAUAAAUCUUACGUAGAAUGUACCAUAGUAUUUUACUCGUAGUUGUUUUUUAAUUAUUUGUGCCACGUCAUACAUCGUUAAAUGUACAUUAACGGUGUUAUGUUUUUGAGUCCUAUAUUGAUAGAAUAUGAUCUUUUAGGUCCCUUAUUGAUAAAAAAAUCUUUCAGGUCUGGAAUUGAUAAAUUUUCCAACUUUUAGGUCCUGGAUUGAUAAUUUUCCAUCAGACAUUUAUCAGACUAAACCAUAUCUAGAGGGCGCAUAUAGGGGAGGGCCGCUUGAUCCUGGCCCAGCCCAAAUUUAUAAAAUAUCUUUAUUUUUAGUGUAGAAAAUUUGGGCAAAAAAAAUUUCAAAAAUAUUCUGGCCGAGAACAUAUCAUUGUAGCUGUGUCAGAACGAUUGCAUAUAAAAUACAAUCAGCAUACUACGUAUAAAGCUUUUGACUACCUGGUUAACCGAACACGAGUCUUAAAUAAUACUUUAACGGUCUUUGGAUUGAGAGGUUAGUAAAGGGGAUCUUUCUUUGUAAGAGCUAAGCUGUUAUUUGUUAUUUAUUUGUUUAACUAUAUGCCUUGAUCCUUUCCUAUUACAAGCUCUGGCACAUUCUAAGUUUUCGAGAAGGCUAAUGCCUAAACAUUGUAAAAAUGUGUUUUUGCAAAUGGAGAGGAAAAAAUGAGAUGGUUUUAGCUUUGUGUGUGCCUCUUCUCACUUGAUGAUAUGUGUCAUGAGAAGCUAGGAAAUGGAGAAGAGCACUUCAAGCAAGGAAGAUCAAGGAAGUAAUGAUCGGAACACAAAGAUCAAGGAAGGCUCUUGGUUAAACCAGUUUCGGUAUGGCUCCAAUCCUUGGAUGGCUAGAUACGUCUACGGCUUUAUGUUCAUGAUCGUAAACUUGUUGGCAUGGGCUAUUCGUGAUUAUGGCUCAAUUCUUAUGAAAGAAAUGAAGAGGGUAAAAGAUUGCAAUGGUGGCGUAGAUUGUUUGGGUACUGAAGGAGUUUUGAGAAUUAGCUUUGGAUGUUUUAUGUUCUAUUUUGUGAUGUUUCUAUCUACAGCAGGAACAUCAAAGCUGAAUGGUUGCAGAGAAAAGUGGCACUCUGAGCGAUGGCUAUCCAAGAUGGGCAUGAUGCUUGCAUUAAUUAUACUUCCAUUUCUUCUUCCUAUAGAGAUCAUUUCAAUCUACGCUGAGGUUGCACAUUUUGGAGCCGGGGUUUUUUUAAUAAUUCAGUUGGUUAGCGUAAUCAGUUUCAUCACAUGGCUUAAUGAUUGUUGCCACUCCAAGAAACAUGGCGAUAGAUGCCACAUUCAUGUGAUGAUAUUUUCAACGGUUGCAUACAUCAUUUGCUUACUCGGGAUCAUCUUAAUGUACGUUUGGUACACACCAGAACCGUCUUGCCUUUUAAAUAUAUUCUUCAUAUCAUGGACUCUAGCUCUUCUCCAGGUUAUGACCAGCAUCUCUCUCCACCCAAAAGUGAAUGCUGGCUUCUUAACUCCUGGUUUCAUGGGCCUAUACAUUGUGUUUCUCUGCUGGUCUGCCAUUAGAAGUGAACCGCCUGAAGAAAAAUGCAUCCAAAAGGCGCAAGGUGCUUCUUCUAAAGCAGAUGUGCUUACUAUCAUAAGCUUUAUUGUUGCGGUCCUUGCAAUUGUGGUUGCAACGUUUUCUACAGGAAUUGAUUCUAAAUGCUUUCAGGUUCAGUUCUGGAAGGAUUCGGAGGUAGAAGUAGAGGAGGAGGAGGAGGAUCACGUUCCAUAUGGUUUUGGAUUCUUCCACUUUGUUUUUGCGACAGGCGCGAUGUACUUUGCAAUGCUAUUGAUCGGCUGGAAUGCUCACCAAGUCAUGAAAAAGUUCACAAUUGACAUUGGGUGGACAAGUACUUGGGUGAGGAUAGUGAACGAGUGGUUAGCUGCUUGUGUGUAUAUAUGGAUGUUGGUUGCCCCAGUUGUAUGGAAAGCCAAGCAAGCAGGCGAAACCUAACCCCUGCCAAGAUUCGUUUUCUUCACUUUCAAAUUAAAGCCUUAGCUAGGAAAUUCACCUCUCAUUCUUUGUGCUGCAGCUCCGUCAAAGCUACAAAUAUCGAUGACAGAAACAUAUGUUAGUGAUACAUACAUACACCAUUACAUUGGGUUUGGAAUGAGAAAAAGUGCAUGGUUAUGUAAUUUUGAGUCGCAGGAUUUUUUCAUUACUUGUAAAAAUGAAUUCAAUGCACAAAAGUACAAUGUAUUGAAGGUUACCUUUACCAACAAUGAUAUAUUUGUAGCCCAAAUUCACAUAAAAUCUGCACUAUGAGCCUAUUUGGUAUUGCACAUUAAAACAAUGCAAAC